UCGCAAUGUUAAAACUCGGUAUUGUGUAGUCUUGUAUACACAUAAACAAGAACGGUAUAUCUUUGUUGGGCUAUGACCUAUGAUCGUUCCGCACUCCGCAUGGUUAGUUUGGGUGCAGCGAUGAUCUGUUGUGCGGUAGCUGUGCCAGCUAUCGCUACGAGAGACAUCAUAGCGGUGAGGAGUGAGAUGAAUCAAUUCAAGAGAGAGCUAAGACCCAAUGUAUUUUUGUUAUUGAGUCAAAAGCUCUUCAGCUCUAUACACAGAUACGUACAUAUCCUGUGCUCUGUUGAACAGACUGCCAACGCUUCGUUGUACGGUCCCUUUCAGGUGUCACACCAAACGAUUAUGAUACGGAUUGGCAUUUAUAGCUGAGGCGAGCACACUACUGUACCUCUGCGUAUGGAGGCAACCGUGGAUCGCGCAUGACACCGCCACAGUUGCAAAGUCAGCAAUCUUGUCCGAUUGCCCGUGACAUCGGAACAAAAUAGCAAC